GGCGGCGACGGCGUGAUCAUCGGGGGCUGGAAAGUGCGGGCCAGGAACACCAGGAUCCUCGGCAAGGACGCGCUGGAGGAGUUGGAGCAGAGGCUCGGCACCUCGCACCUGCCCGAGAUGGUCUACGGCAGCUCGCUCGAGCUCACGCACGAGUCCACCGGAGUUAAACUGCACUUCAACGCCGAGGACGCGUUGCGCGAGUGGCUCCAGGAGGAUCUGCCCCCGCUCAAGGUGGCGGCCGCGGCGGUGUGGGAAAGGGGCCACAAGGCCAGCGACGGAGGAGGAGGAGGAGGCGACGCGUGGAACGACGAGGAGGAGACGGACGCGUACGACUGGACGUUCACGACGCCGUAUCGCGGGUCGGUGAGCGUUGACGUGGACGGACACGUGGACGGACACGUGGCAGGACACCCACCGCCGUGGACGGACACCGACCAGCGGGUGGACCGCGGGUUGCUCAUGGAGCGCGACCCGAUCUUGUUCUUCGACGAGCUCACGCUGUACGAGUCCGAGCUGGACGAUAACGGACUGAUGAGCGUGACGGUGAAGGUGCGGGUGAUGCCGCGGUGCUGGUACGUGCUGAUGAGGCACUGGAUGAGGGUGGACGGGGUGCUGAUACGGCUGAGGGAGACCAGGUUCUUCCACCGCAUCGCGACGGGAGGAUCGGGGCGCGACGCCCCGUGCGUCGUCGUCAGGGAGAGCGCGAGGAGGGAGGAGACCUUCGAGGGUCUUCGGAUGAGGGGCGCGCCGAGCGAGCCGGGGCAGUACCCGGACGCGGACGAGGCGGCUUCGGUGCUGCUCGCCGCGGGUGGACCGGUGGAGAUGGAAUACCACGCGCUGACCGUCUGA